AUGAGCGAACGGCGAUUUUUAUUUUUCUGUUUAUCAGUGCUAUUUUUCCUCGGACGGGUAACCAAUGGAUAUAAAAUUUUAUUCGUGUUUCCCAUGCCGGCCAGAAGCCAUUAUUACUUAGGGAAUGCCCUGGCUAAAGGCAUGGUCGCGGCUGGACAUGAUGUUACUAUGUUAUCCUAUUUUGAAGAAAAAAAUCCGCCACCGGGAGGAACUUACACGAAUGUGCUUCUGCCUGGUAUAGACAAAGCGGUACACAAAGAGCCUAUGAACUUCUUCGAUUUGGAACAUGCUCCCGCAGCAAUUGGAAUAUAUGUUACCCACAAGCUCGGUAAUGAUUUAACCAAAACCAUGUUUGAACACGAAAAUUUUAAGAAAUUGUUGGCUUCGAAUCAAAAGUUCGAUGUUAUCAUAAUAGAACAAUUUUGCAACGAUGCAAUGAAAGUAUUAGGCUGGUAUUACGAUGCACCUGUGAUUAUGUUUAGUACAGUCGGUGCCAAUUUAUGGAUAAAUCCUUUGGUGGGGAAUCCCAAUCCGUUAUCUUACAUACCAGACCUACAUCUAGAUUGUUCUCAAAAAAUGACGUUAAUACAAAGAGUUAAGAAUACGUUAUUAACCGUAUUUCAACUGGUUCAUAACGAACUUAUUUAUUUACCUGCACAACGAGAAGUACUGAGGGAAGCUUUCCCUGAAAGUCCAAGUUUAGACGAGCUGAUGACAAAUGUGUCCCUUGUUCUGCUGAAUUCUCACGAGAGUACAAGCCAGCCGGUACCAUUGGUACCAAAUAUGAUAAACGUUGGUGGAAUGCAUAUAUCUCCUGGAAAAGGAUUGCCUAAGGAUUUGAAAGCUCUUAUGGACAGUGCCAAAGAAGGUAUUGUGUAUUUCAGUAUGGGCUCUAAUAUUGAUCCAUCUAUGAUGAAAGAAGAAAUAAGUACAGCAAUAUUUAAUGCUUUAGGAAAACUUCCGUACAAGGUUUUCGUAAAAUGGCCUAAAGACGUCCCAAAUAAGAAUAAGAAUAUUGAAAUACGAUCAUGGUUCCCACAACAGGAUGUAUUAGCUCAUAGAAAUGUGAAGCUAUUUAUCACUCACGGAGGUUUACUAAGUACUUUAGAGACGAUAUACUAUGGUGUUCCAGUAUUAACUCUGCCAAUAUUUGGUGAUCAGAAAAUGAACGCAGCCAAAGCUAAGGUCGCGGGCUACGGAGUAUCAUUGACUUUCUCCACGAUAACGGAGGAAGGGUUCAGUAAAGCCUUAAAGGAAAUAUUAACUAAUAAAAAGUACACAGAAAACGCGAAAUUGAGGUCAAAGCUUAUGCACGACAGAAUUGUCAAACCGAUGGAUACAGCAGUUUAUUGGGUGGAGUAUAUAGUGAGAAAUAAAGGAGCCCCUCACUUGAGGGUAGCCGCAAUCAAUAUGCCGUUCUACAAAUAUUUUUUGCUUGAUGUUAUCGCUGUUUUAGUAUUAGGCUUUAGUAUUGUAUUGACGGUAGUAUAUAUAACUUAUAAAAGGAUUUGCUGUUCUAGGAAAAACAAAAAAUCCAAAAAAGAAUAA